CUCUCCACCUCUCCUGCGCCUGCGCAGUUGAUGAGCCGCUCCCCGGCCUCCAGUUCUACCAGCGGCAGCAUCACCCAGCAGACCAUGUUGCUAGGGAGCACCUCCCCGACCCUCACGGCCAGCCAAGCGCAGAUGUAUCUCCGGGCUCAAAUGCUGAUUUUCACGCCCGCUACCACUGUGGCUGCUGCACAGUCUGACAUUCCUGUUGUCUCGUCGUCAUCGUCAUCUUCCUGUCAGUCUGCAGCUACUCAGGUUCAGAAUUUAACAUUACGCAGCCAGAAGUUGGGUGUAUUAUCUAGCUCACAGAAUGGGCCACCAAAAAGCACUAGUCAAACUCAGUCAUUGACUAUUUGUCAUAACAAAACAACAGUGACCAGUUCUAAAAUCAGCCAACGAGAUCCUUCUCCAGAAAGUAAUAAGAAGGGAGAAAGUCCAAGUCUGGAAUCACGAAGCACAGCUGUCACCCGGACUUCAAGUAUUCACCAGUUAAUAGCACCAGCUUCAUAUUCUCCAAUUCAGCCUCAUUCUCUAAUAAAACAGCAGAUUCCUCUUCAUUCACCACCUCCCAAAGUUUCCCAUCAUCAGCUGAUACUACAACAGCAGCAACAGCAAAUUCAGCCAGUCACACUUCAGAAUCCGACUCAAGAUCCACCCCUGUCCCAGCACUGUUUACCACUCCAAAACCAUGGCCUUUCUCCAGCUCCCAGUAAUGCCCAGUCACAACAUUGCUCUCCAGUGCAGGGUCAUCCCCCUCCUCUAACAGUGUCUCCAAAUCCAUCACAGUCAGCACAGCAGUCUGUGGUGGUGUCUCCUCCACCACCUCACUCACCCAGUCAGUCUCCCACUAUACUCAUUCAUCCACAAGCACUUAUUCAGCCACACCCCCUUGUGUCAUCGGCUCUCCAGCCGGGGCCCAAUUUGCAGCAGACCCCUGCUAAUCAGGUGCCGCCCACAGCACAGCUGAAUCUUCCAUCCCAUCUUCCGCUUCCAGCUUCCCCUGUUGUACACAUUGGCCCAGUGCAGCAGUCCGCCUUGGUGUCCCCUGGUCAGCAGAUUGUGUCUCCAGCGUCACACCAGCAGUAUUCAGCCCUGCAGUCCUCUCCAAUCCCAAUUGCAACCCCUCCACAGAUGUCAGCGUCUCCUCCAGCUCAGAUUCCACCACUGCCUUUGCAGUCUAUGCAGUCUUUACAAGUGCAGCCUGAAAUUCUGUCCCAGGGCCAGGUUUUGGUGCAGAAUGCUUUGGUGUCGGAAGAGGAGCUUCCAGCUGCAGAAGCUUUGGUCCAGUUGCCAUUUCAGACUCUUCCUCCUCCUCAGACUGUUGCGGUAAACCUGCAAGUACAACCACCAGCACCUGUUGAUCCACCAGUGGUUUAUCAAGUGGAAGAUGUGUGUGAAGAGGAGAUGCCAGAGGAGUCGGAUGAAUGUGUCCGGAUGGAUCGGACUCCACCCCCACCCACUUUGUCUCCAGCAGCGAUAACUGUAGGAAGAGGAGAGGAUCUAACUUCUGAACAUCCUUUGCUGGAGCAAGUGGAGCUACCUGCUGUGGCGUCCGUCAGUGCUUCAGUAAUUAAAUCUCCGUCAGACCCAUCACACAUUUCGGUUCCUCCACCUCCACUCUUGCUUCCAGCUGCUGCCACGAGGAGUACUAGUACAUCCACGCACGGUGUCAUCCCCAGCCUAGAAAGCAAGCCGCCCCAGGCGAUCGUUAAGCCACAGAUCUUGACCCAUGUUAUCGAAGGUUUCGUGAUUCAGGAGGGAUUGGAGCCAUUUCCUGUGAGUCGCUCAUCUUUGCUAAUAGAACAGCCUGUGAAGAAAAGACCUCUUGUGGAUAAUCAGGUGGUGAACUCAGUGUGUGUUCAGCCAGAGCUACAGAAUAAUACAAAACAUGCAGAUAAUUCAUCCGACACAGAGAUGGAAGACAUGACUGCCGAAGAGACAUUAGAAGAAAUGGACAGUGAGUUGCUCAAGUGUGAAUUCUGUGGGAAAAUGGGAUAUGCUAAUGAAUUUUUGCGGUCAAAACGAUUCUGCACUAUGUCAUGUGCCAAAAGGUACAAUGUUAGCUGUUCUAAAAAGUUUGCCCUUAGUCGUUGGAACCGCAAGCCUGAUAAUCAAAGUCACCGUGGCCGUCGUCCAAGUGGUCCUGACGGAGCAGCCAGAGAACACAUCCUUAGGCAGCUUCCAAUUACUUAUCCAUCUGCAGAAGAAGACUUGGCUUCUCAUGAAGAUCCUGUGCCAGCUGCUAUGACAACUCGUCUGCGCAGACAGAGUGAGCGGGAAAGAGAACGUGAACUUCGAGAUGUGAGAAUUCGGAAAAUGCCUGAGAACAGUGACUUGCUACCAGUUGCCCAAACAGAGCCAUCCAUAUGGACAGUUGAUGAUGUCUGGGCCUUCAUCCAUUCCUUGCCUGGCUGCCAGGAUAUUGCAGAUGAGUUCAGAACACAGGAGAUUGAUGGACAGGCCCUUCUCUUGCUAAAAGAAGACCAUCUCAUGAGUGCAAUGAAUAUCAAGCUAGGCCCAGCCCUUAAGAUCUGUGCACGCAUCAACUCUCUGAAGGAAUCUUAACAGGAACAAGAGGCCUUGAUAAAACAGCAGAUUUACUCUUCUAAAAUAAGCUUGUAAGGUAAAAGGGCUGAGUCAGCCUAGAAUGUUACACUUAUUGUGGUAGAUAGCCACUACAUUGGGAUCGCCACAUCGAAUGCUGACAUUUCUUCUGAGAUACAGUAAUUCAUCAGACAUUUUUACAAUUUACCAACAUUGGUGAAAUUAAUUUUACAGGUUAUGUGCAGCAUUGAAAGACUUGAUAUAGAGGGCCAUGAUAUUUUUCAAAGAAAUGUGUUAUACUAGAUAAUUUUUUAAAGGUGAUGUUUAUCAUUAAUAUAAAGAAUCCUUUUAAAAGUAAUUUAAAGAUUUACAUUUCUCCUCUUUUGAUUUUGUUUUCUUAUACAUUUUUCUACCCUAUUAGUCUUCUAAAGACUGUCAUGAUAGAUACAUUAUGGAAUAAUUUAGGAGUCCAGUGACAGAGUUGUAUACAGUGAAAUCAGUUUGCAUAUUUAAAAACAAGUCUUUUAGACAAAUACUUUGUCUAUGAAAAACAGAUUGUGUUCUAGCAUGAACAAUACUGAUUUGAAUGGAGGUUGAAAGAGUUAGUUUCUAUUUCAAACUUGACUAGGGAUUUGGUUUGACUGAAAAAGUUAGUUUUCCUCUCCGUUUUUGUACAUUUAGAUCACUGGUUCUCAAUGGAGCUUUGCCCUCCACGGGACAUUUGGCAACGUCUAGUAGAGACAUUUUUGUUGUCACAGGUUGGGUUUGGACUCAGGGGUGGAGUUGCUACUGUGGUAUGUAGCGCAGAGAUGUUUCUGCAUAUCCUGCAAUGUACAGUACAGCCCUCCCGACAAAGAGUCAACUGGUCUGAAAAGUCAGUGGUGCCAAGGCUGAGAAACUCUGAUGUAGAAUGAGUGACAGAUGUUGUUUUACCCAAAGGGAUAUUUUAGAAGAUGGGGCAUAAGAAGGAGUACAUAUACAGUGGAAGUAUUAAAUUCAGAUAGUGUUCAUAUUCUGCUGAAUUAUUUUUUCUAGUUUUAUGCAUACUAGAAAAUAAAAAAAAGUCCAUAAAAUUGACCCAUAAAACAAGGACUAACGUACAAAUAAUUUGACUCUCAGAAAGUACUAAUUCAGAUUAAUUAUCUUUCGUAUCUCUGUGCUCUGCACCGAUGAAGGCAUAUGUGAUUAUACCUAUGAACCAGUAAACCUUUUCUGCCAAGGAAUUAGUUUGCAGGAGAUACGUGGUUUCUCUUUAGAUUUUUUACUAGUGUUGAACAUGCUAGGCGUAGUUAGAAUGGACAUUUCUUUUCCUUAGCUAAACCCUUGCGUGCUUCCAGCAAAGCACUUACCACAUGAUUUCUCAUGGAUGGCCAGAUUUAGUUUUGUUAUGCACAUGUUUUAGGGGGGAAAAAAUAUAAAGCAAAACCUUUCACUGAACAGUGUUCUGUAGAAUUAUGUGACAGUAAAACAAAGUUGUUUCUGGGAGCCCUGAGAGCUUUAUAGUCCUGGACAUGAAAAAUUUUAUUUGAGAAGAUUAUGAAGGUUUUGUUUUAAUAUUUUCCUAUAUCUUAUCUUUACCACAUGAUUGAGAUAUUUUAAUAACUGAAGGAGCAUACAUGGAUACUUGGCGAGAGUUGAGUAAGCAGGAAAAAAGAGUCUGUGAGUUUCAGUCAUUUUCAUUGCUCUUUUUGAAGAGAUUGUGUUGAGCUAGUAGAAGACUACAGAUGUCACAGAAGACAUCACAGAUGUUAUAUUUAUCUUUUGGCUUUGUGUACAUUAAAGAAUGUUGAUUAUUUUUAUACAGAAAUACAGCGGGUAAUUUUUUUAAUCUUUAGAUGCCUCUUGUUUGAAUGUAUGCUUUGUGGGAUUCUUUGUGUAGUAAUGUUUUAAAAAAAGAUGUUUACUGAUAGUUACGAGUAGAAUUAGAAUAUGUAAUAUAAUAUAAGGCUCAUAUUCCAGACCUAUAAUAACUUGUAGUCUAUGUUACAUAUUUCUUUAUAUCACAUUUUUACUUAUGGGAUUGAAGUUUCAAGGAAAGCU